AACAACUAUCCAAUCAACAAACGACUGAAGACGGAAGUGGCAUAUUUGAAAACUGGCCGUUGAGGGGAGCCUUUUUCAUCCUUCAUAAGAGAAACAGGAUUAUUCACAGGGUAAACACGAUGGAGGAAGAGGAGCACACAGACAGGAAGCAGCAGCUUGCAAUGCUUUUUAAAAAGAUCAACAAAAUUAAAGAGGGUCUCAAUGAAGAUACCACGGACAAGCUCAACAAGGUUAUCGACUCAAACUCACCUGAAUCAUGCCUCUCACAUUUGACAGACCUGGAGAAGAAAGGGGACCCCCACUUGGAUCGUUACCACCUAACUAGACUUAUUGACUUUUACACCCGAGUGUUCUCCAGUAUGCCACUGGGAAAAUAUUGUCAGAAUGAGAGCUAUGCUAGGAUGUUGGUCAGAUUUGCAGAGCUUAAAGCAAUUCAAGAUGUCAAUGAGGCGGAAGCCAACUUUAACUUGGCAAGAUCCCACAGCCAGAACUUUGCAUUUGUUCACAUUGCUCAUGCACAGUUUGAACAUUCUCAAGGCAACACAAAGCGAGGAAUUUAUAUAUUGCAGAAUGCUGUUGCACUGGGUGCCAAACCAAAGGAAUUGCUGGAAGCCGCCCUGCAAAGCAUGCAGGCUGGGAAAACACAACUCUCCUGUUCCUUUGAUAAAGAAAAUGUGCCAUUCUUGUCCAACAGCAAUAUGAACGAUUCUGUCAAAAAAGGCUCCGAAUUCCAAAAAGUGAGCAGAAUAUCAGAUGGAACAGGCGAACUGCAGCUCUCCAGUAUUUUUGGUCCAGGAACAGAGCUCCACGGUAGACCGUCAGACGAACAUCUACCCGGCUGGAGAUCUGGAUCUCAUCGCAAGAGAGCCGUGGGCAUGCCAGGGAGAGUUCCCGUAGUCCCUUUCUCUAUCCCAGAAAAAUAUGAUGAUGACGGCUACGUUCAUGGGAAGCCCCCAAAGAGAAGUGAUCCAUCAACCCUCACCAGUUUGUCCAGGCAAAGAUCUGGUUCGAACGUGAACCCGGUGUUUGGCCUAUUGUCCACGAGGAAAAAUGCUGUCGAUGGAGAUCUUCAACCACCUGCUGUCAGCCCAGAGUAUUGCCCUUGGGAGGACCUGGCAGCUGGAGACUGUGACACAAAAGACGCCUCCAGAAUGGAAGAUCCAACGUACAUCUUCGACCAGGUCGUCAAUACAAACUCCCCUGAGUCGUGUUGGACAUAUCUGGUGAACCUGGAGAAAAGAGGCAACCCUCACACAGACAUCAACCUCCUCAAUAAGCUCAAGGACUGCUACUCUAGAAUCUUCUCCAGGCUGCCAAUAAGGCAAUUCAGCAAAAACGCCAGCUAUGCCAGAAUACUGGUCCGAUAUGCAGAACUCAAGGGGAUCGAAGACCCAGAUGAGGCCAAAGACUACUUUAUAGUUGCCGGAUCUAACUGUAAAGGCUUUGCCUUUGUCCACGUAGCACAUGCCCAGUUUGAGGUUUCACAAGGUAAUGUGAACAAAGCGACUUCAAUUCUGCUCAAAGCCCAGGCAUUAAAUUCCAAGCCAGCAGAGCUCCUGGAGGUAGCCAUGCGGAAGCUGAGAGCUGGGGAGAAACAGCUUGUGCCCCCCACGGAGGAGGAACCUCCCACAGUUUUUCUCGCAGAUUUGCAAACAGGUUUUCCAGUAAGUGUGUCUGCUUAUGGGAGAAACCAGGAUCUUCAGCCUCCUGGUCGUGUCCCCGUGAGGCGGUCUGUGGAACAGCCUAAACCUGCCAGCAAGGAGCCCUUAUCGGAGUGGAAAAUGCCAACGCCUGUCUACCGCAAUGUUUCCCCAGAGGAUAAACGCACGACACCUCCUGAGCCCAGACCUGUUCCUCGUCUGCUUGAGUCACUUCCCACUUCAUCCCUCCAUCCUCCCUCAAGACUGAACUCACAAACGGUGUGUCAGACACCCGUCAGCUCCAGAAACCCCUGUGCCAACAGCUUUAUUACUCCUGUUGUUAAGCGAGGCCCUGAAGUGUCUUCCUCUGCAGUGGCAGCACACAGAGCUGGACCCUUUCAACAGCCAUGCACACCACUGAACCACACACCAUGUUUCCAAACUCCACAGGCGUCGUUGUCAAACGAAACCAUCACCAUUAAAGGCAAGCAGUUCUUCAUACUGAAGAUGAUUGGACGGGGUGGAUCCAGCAAGGUCUACCAGGUCCUCGAUCACAAAAAGCAGCUGUUUGCUGUGAAAUACGUGGACCUGGAGGAGGCAGAUGCUCAGACAGUAGAGAGUUAUAAAAAUGAGAUUCAACAUCUGAACCACCUGCAGCAGUACAGCGAUCAAAUUAUCAAGCUCUAUGACUAUGAAAUAACCACCAGCUACAUCUACAUGCUGAUGGAGUGUGGAAACCUGGAUCUGAACACAUGGUUGAGAAACCGCAAAACUGUGAAUCCACAUGAAAGGAUGUUCUACUGGAAGAACAUGCUGGAGGCCGUCCACACCAUCCACAAACAUGGAAUUGUCCACAGUGACUUGAAGCCAGCCAAUUUUGUCAUAGUGAAUGCUUCACUGAAGUUGAUUGACUUUGGCAUCGCAAACAGUAUCCAACCAGAUGUAACGAGCAUUGUGAAGGACUCGCAGGUUGGAACAUUGAACUAUAUGCCCCCCGAAGCCAUCCGAGACCCUUCAUCCAAGGCAGGGAAAGCAAACUCAAAGAUCAGUCCCAAAGGUGACGUGUGGUCUCUUGGAUGUAUCCUGUACUGCAUGACUUACGGUAAAACUCCAUUCCAAAGCAUCACCAAUCAGAUUGCCAAGAUGCACGCCAUCAUCGACACUUCCCAUAGGAUAGAAUUCCCUGACAUCUCGGAGAGAGAUUUGCUGGAUGUGUUGAAGAGGUGCUUGGUACGAAAUCCCAGAGAACGCAUCUCCAUUGCAGAGCUGCUGGCGCAUCCAUACCUGCAGCUGAAGCCACAAGUAUCGCCUGCAACAGAAUGUCCAAGUAGCCGUGAUCUCCAGAAGAUCCUAAAUGACCUCGCAGCCCUCCAGUCUCCCAACAGCAUCAUUAGAGCUGCUAAUAAUCUGGCCAAAAUGUGCAGCAGCGGCAGGAAGUUGGAUGUAGCAGAAUGUGCAAAGUCAUCAACCUAACUAUCCUG